AUGAUCAGUCCCCCUCUUGCAUCCACUCUCCAGACCUCCACAGUACUGCGUCACACCCUGACUGGAAUGGAAGACAAGGACAAGAAAGGAAAUGAGGAGUACAUCGGAGAGAUAAAGGGCGGUCUGCGGCCUUCCAUGAAGCUGGUCGUGAUGGGGAUUGUUGACAAGAAACCCAAGAGUAUUGAGGUGGUGGUGUCCAGCGCACCUAAGCAGAAGGAAUCGGAGGAGUUGGAGGAGCAAGUGGAAGCGGAGUCAGAAGGCGACGUGGGUCUCCAGCUGAAGGUCAGCUUCAUGGAAAAAGCUGUCCAACGCAACGCGCGGCUGGCAGGAAAGUGGGGUGCUGCCGAAAACACGCUCUCCUUCUUCCCGUUUGCGCCCGGAGAGCCUUUUAAGAUGGAGAUCGUAUGCGAGCACCAGCAGUUCCGCAUUUUAGUGGACGGUCAGCCACUGUGCGGCUUCACCCACCGCCUCCCGCGGCUCGCCAGCCUGACAGCGUUACGUGUCUUCGGGGACGUCCAACUCACCAAGGUGGCUUAACGCCACCGUCGUAACAACAGAUGUUUGGAGACAGUGUACCUGGAUAAAAUAGAUCAAGGAUUGCGUUUUGUCAAACAGUAGUUGUCACACUUUGGAGAAGACAAAGUGCCUUCACUAACGUGCUGGCUGAAUGUAGCGAUUGUCAAUGUCUUAAAGACUAACACAAGAAUGUGAACUGGAGCCACUGUUGGUACAAAUUGCAAUAUUUUUUGCUUUGAGGAUUUUUGCGCUCACACAAAAAGCUAAUUAUGAAAUUGUCCAGUUGAGUUUUUCAUGACAAGAUAGUUUUUUUUCUUCCAAGUUAUAGGGCUUACUAACUACUAACACACAAAGGGAUGCCGCCACUAGACUGGCCUUCACUGAUGAUAAAAAUACUGUACUCGUAGUGCAGUGGUUCUCAAACUAUUGACACCAGGUGUCACCCACAAAAAAAUACUUGUUGCCCCAACUGCUACCAUAACAAACAUAAAAAUACAGUAGGGUAGUAGGACCAAAUGUUCAUCAAAAAAUAGUGCAGAGGUUGCAUGCCACUGUAACCUAUAAAUGUAAAAUAUAACGUACGAAACGUACCGCACUAGAUUUUAAAAAAUGGUUGAAACGGCCAAUAUGCAUAGCGACUGUUUCUCAUUUGAUCUUUUAUUGUUUUUCAUGUUUUAAACGUUGUUCACGUACCACUUCUGGUACUCAAGUCACACUUUUGGGAAUCACUGCAUUAGUGGAUGCUAGUACUGUCAAGCUGUCAAUGACACAGUCUUGUUGCGCAUUCUGCUAAUGUGUAUUCUUCUGAACAUAAAUCUUACAAAGGUCACGCCCACACACUUUCAAUGCUUUUUAUCAACAGCAAGAACAUUUUUUUUUGCUUGAUGCGACUUUCCCUGUAAUAAAAUUCCCUUGAUUGUUAUUUGCCCUGCUGGGAUUUUAUUGAUUUAUUUAUGUUUAAAUGAUGCCAGUUUGUGACUCAUCGCACCGAAGGCCAUACCGGGCUUGCGGGGGCAGGAGUGGCAGGCAUCAUGUUCCGACUCGUCCCGUUUCUUUGCUCUUUGCUCACCAACAAACACAAAUAAAGAUUAAGUUGAAUCUUUA